AUGGAGGCGUAUGAGCAGGUCCAGAAGGGUCCCCUAAGGCUGAAAGGCAUAACAAAGUGGAGGAAGAAGAAGAAGGACAAAAACAAGGCCAAGAUGCUGGAAGACAUGGGGACAAGCAAGAAGAGUGAGGCGGAGAGGAGGUGCUGCCUGGACCAGUGUACAUCAGUGCAGGUGGCCUUCGAAAAGAUGCAGGAGAAGCAACAAACGGAAAGAAUACUGAAGAAAGCAUCAAAAACCCACAAACAGAGAGUGGAGGACUUCAGCUGACACCUGGACACACUCACAGAGCACUACGACAUCUCCAAAGUCAGCUGGACCAAGUAACCUGGCCCUGGGGCA